GUUCCCAAUCUCCUGGAAAACCCCAGAUGAUCACGUGGUAUUGGGUGAUAAGAGGGAUAGCGUCUUUYACUGCAACAGUUGGCAACACCCUCGUGAUGAUUCUUAUUCUUCGAUGUCGUAGGCUCAGAGUAUCAAUYCCUAAUUGGUACAUAUUUGCCCUGGCUCUAGCCGACAUGAUGGUUGGUGCUAUUUUAACCCCGUGUGAAUUUAUAUGUACCUACUGGUAUUCGUGCGACCCGUACAUUCUCAGACUUACCUUUGAUAUCAUCGUUCAUUUUUCUGUAACAAGUUUAUGCGCCAUGACAUUUGAGCGUUUUAUGGUGAUCGCACGACCACUGCAGUACCGCGACUUUAUGACCAAGAAACGAGUACUACUGAUUCUGUUUUCAAGUUGGAGUUUUGGCGCCAUUUUCCCUAUMACAGGAUACAUUUGUAUGGCACAACAAAAGCCGGUCGCUGAUAAAACAUUGAGAAUAAUGAACACCAUAUUUCUGCAAAUUCUCCCUCCAAUAAUGCUGAUGCUUGUGUUUAUUUCAAUGGUGUAUAUUGCCAAUAAACACGAGAAAAAGGAAAGAACACAACGAAAUCAGCUGAAUUACAAUUACGCUGGUGAGGAACAUAAGGACAGAUCUAGACACAUUAGAGACAAAGCAUCUGUCAAGAUGAUGGGCGUGGUCAUUAUUACCUUUGCAAUUUGCUACAUGCUAGCAAUGUUUCGCUCUUUGUAUUUUUACAUCAUGAACAGAAAUAUUCCAAUAACCGUUACAUAUAUAUCCCGAAUAAUGAUACUCGUCAACUCUACUGUUAACUUUAUAGUGUACGCUUUCCUUAAGAAGGACUUUAGACAGGAAAUUGGACGAAUAUUUAAAGCGUUCAUUUCUCGCUGACUCUAUUAUAAUGCCUGUAUUUAUUUAUUUAUUGUGUAUUUUAUAACAUAACUGAAGUAAUGCAAAAAUAAAAUGAAGUGCAUUUCUCACGUUCAUUAAGUCCAGAAGUCAAAUUAAAUGGAGACCAUAUUCUUUAAAAAAGACACUUACUUGAUAAUUUGAGAAUUUAA